GCGCUGCUGCUGAGAAGCGGGGCUGCUCCUUCCCUCCGCCUGGGCCUGACAUGACUCACGUUUUACACCUGUUGCAUCGCGAGCUGGCUCACUGAAGGAGACAUGUCCGCUCAGGGAUUGCUAAGCAGCGUCUUCUCCUGCUCACAAAGUCCCAAAACUCCUUCCAAGCGGAAACUCAGGCAGACCAGGAGCCUGGACCCGGCGCUGAUGCGACACCACGGUACCGAAGCUGGGGAGACGCCGCAUAAGGAUGUGUCGGGACAGAGCAUUGGCCCGAAGCCCGUCCCUCUGCAGAGCCUCUCGGAGCUGGAGAGGGUUCGUUUGCAGGCUGUGGCUUUUAGGCGACUGCUUCGCGAUCAUGACCUGGGCUGCCACAUCUCCAUCCCUAAAUGUGGUCACAAGCACAAGAAGCUGCUGAGGAGGAAACUGGACUCUUUAUCCAAAGAAAAGAAAGACAAAGAGACCGUGCCCCAGGUGUUUGGCAUUCCUCUGUCGCAGGUCAUUUCCAAUGACCGCACACACAAACAGCGACGCGGUGCCCAGCGGGAGGAACACAGUGACCCAACUGAACUGAUGCUGUCCUUCCUGCGCCUGACGCCCGGUGUCAGGGGGGCGAACAGAGAGUUCUCCAGUAGCACCUCGUCUCUCAGUUCCACUUCUGAGAACCUUAAUGAAUCGGCUCUUUUGGGCCCGGCUCUACGGACACGCAGGAGGGGUGGAGUGUCUGUGGAUUGCAUCACUGACCUUGAUGAUAACCAGUCUCGGCUCUUGGAGGCCCUCCAGCUGUCGCUGCCAGAAGAGGGAGCUGGUAACAGGAAGAAGCACCAUGACACAAAGCUUAGCCUGAACCCCAUUUACAGACAGGUGCCCAGGAUAGUGGACCUCUGCUGCCAGCACCUGGAGAAAUAUGCCCUGCAGACCGUUGGAAUUUUCCGUGUGGGGAGUUCCAAGAAGAGAGUACGCCAGCUUCGUGAAGAGUUUGACCAGGGAUGGGCGAUAUGCUUAGAUGAGGACCACAGUGUCCAUGAUGUGGCUGCGUUGCUGAAAGAAUUUCUCAGAGACUUGCCUGAUCCACUGCUGACAAAAGAGCUCUACACAGCUUUCAUCAACACCUUGUUGCUGGAUGCUUCAGACCAGGAGAGCACCAUCCAGCUCCUCAUAUUCUUGCUCCCUUCCUGUAACAGCGACACCCUGCUGCGCCUCCUCUGCUUGUUGUCCAACGUGGCCAGACACGCUGAAGACACAGUGGACGAUAAUGGACAAGAGAUCGCAGGAAACAAGAUGACAUCACUCAAUCUCGCUACCAUCUUCGGACCGAACCUGUUACACAAGCAGAAGCACCCAGACAAGGAGUUUUCGGUGCAGAGCUUUGCUCGUGUAGAGGAUAGUUCUGCCAUCAUCAGCGUGGUCCAAAGGAUGAUAAAUACAUGUGAGGCGUUGUUUAUGGUCCCACCAGACCUGCAGAAUGAGGUGCUGAUGAGUUUACUAGAAACCGAUCCUGAUGUUGUGGAUUACUUGCUGCGGAGGAAGGCCUGUCAGCACUCGCAUCCAAGCCUCCUGAGAUGUGAGGACUCCUUCACUCUGACUGGGAGAUGCAUGUCCAAUGACUCUUUUAAAGCAUCUAGUGGAGAAGUGUCUCCCUAUGACAACAACUCCCCUGUCCUGUCAGAUCAGCUGCUAUGUAAAUACGGAGAGGACAGCAGUCCACUUUCAGACAGUGUCUCCAGACUCUGUGAGCAGUGCAAACUCAGUGACGGCUCAAAAGACAGAUCUGAGAACACUUCCCCUAAAGAAGAAAACUUAACAAUCUGUGGCAGUGACAAUUUCUGGGACACCUGGCAUGAGCUGUUCAGCAUGGAUUUCAUUGGCCGGCACAUCACUGGCUCUCCUGGAGACAUGUCAGAGUGUGAGUCGUACGGAUCGUCUGAGGGGCUGAGCAGUCACCAAGGUAACAACCAGUUGCCCGUCAUUCCUGCAGCGGCUCUAUUGGAUGUUUCAGAAUGCAGACCACGCCCCCCAGUGAUUCGUAGCAGCAGUGGUCCUCUCGACCAAAGAGUGCAAAGCCAACCAGAAUCCCCAUUACAUCAGGGACUGGAUGACCAAUCAGCAGCCAUUAGUUUGAACAACUCGGAGGAAAGGACAGGACACCCUGUGUGUCCGUUAUUGAAUGUCAGCACUAAUAGUUUGUCUCCCUUUUACUACUAUGGACCUCUGACAAAGAGCCAUAAUUCUAAGUCCACACCCUCUCUUGUCUUAUGUCAGUCUGACCCUCAGACCUCACAACAUUCCCAGCAGAGCCCCACCCACCAGACUGUAGAUACUAUUGACUCGUCUGGGUGCGGACAAGAACACGAGAAGAGUCCAGAUACACCGGACUGCCCGACAGAGAAGCUGCAGCUAUGGCAGAUACUGUCAAAGGACAAUGCGGAUGUUCUGCCGGAAACCUUGGUUUGAUGCUACGGUCAUCACGUGCUGAAAAACAAAUGUCACUCUGUAAUUUUAGUAUGUUGUGCUUUGAUAGACUGAGGCAGAACUUUACACCAGCUACUAGUUUCUGUGACAUAUUGCAGGUAAUUCAGUGUAUAUAUAGAUUUUGUAUUGUGUAUAUACUGUAAAAAUAAUAAACAAGGCUUCAUAAUUUACUAUAGAGCACAUUUAAAAAAACAAUUAGGCUUGAAUGUUGUCAAGGGCUGAUUUGAAGCCAUUGAAUGUUGAGUGUACAAUAUGAAGCUGCAGUGAUUCUAAGCUGUUUGCGGUGUGUUGGAUGUGACUACAGUUGAUUGCUAGAUUUUAAAUGAGAGGUUCCUCCUUAUUGCACUGACUUUGACCCUGUUUUGUGUUCAGACGCUGGAAUGAUUGUUGCAGUGUCACGUUUGUAAAGCUACAGCACUUUGUAAUUUAGUGACAAACUAUUAUGCAGACUUUUUCCACUGCCACUCGAUAAACGGACUGACUUCGUUCUCAUUUUUCUUCAUUAAACCAAUGUCAGCCCUU